UUUUGUUUGUCGGGAAACGUUCCACCAAAUAAAAGUGCAAGUGUUUGACAGCUGUUUGCUGGUAGCGUAGUGUGAUUGUACGUAUUCGUUUUUUUUUUGUUAUAACGAAACACACGGGAAAAAGUAAUAACCUUGUGUUGCGGUAUUUUAAUAGCGAAAGUUCAGAACAAAUUCACUUCAAAUUAGCGUUAAUUUGAAGCUCUCGUUCGACGGAUGUUUGAUUAACAAGUGCACGCAGUGUGUUAAGUAAAACAUUUCUCCCUCUCGGAAAACAGUGAGAAACUUUUCCAAAUUGAAUCACAAAAGUGGACACAAACCACAACCACAACGAUGAGAGAAAAACGACGAACCUUAGGGCUGACCUUGGGCUCGUGGCGCACGAUCACAUUGGCGGUAGCGCUAGUCGCCAUCGCGAUAUGUCCCUUUGCAUCAGCUGGCGAGAGAUGGUCACGCCAGUUGACGGAAUUCACCGGAGGUCCGGCGACCGGUAAUGAUUGGAUUCCCCUGUCUCGGCCAAUUUCCGAACGCCAGGCUGGUGCACGAGUACUGAACUACUUCGCCGCCCCUCAGCAGACGUUCCUUGGUCCGGACAAUGCGGCACAAGCACAGCAGCAUCAUUUCACCUUCCUGAACCAUCAGUUUCCGCAAUCGAACCGCUUCUUGCUGCAACAACCCGCACCCCAGCAGCACCAACCGGCCCAAGAGCUGCUAGAGCAACCGUUUCACUUGACCAGCUUCCAACGAACCUCACCAUUCGCAGGACAAACGAUACAGCAUCCACCACCACCACCACCACCCCCACAACAACCGAUCGCCUCAACGAACCCUUUCGAACAGCAGUUCCUCUCGAAGUCCCCCAUCUCUGAAGCGCUGAUCCAGGAAGACAAGCAACAGCCGCUACAACAACAGCAGCAACCGUCGAUUCUCGAUCAACCAUUUUCGUACCAGCACAUACGCCAACCAGAACUGGACGCUCAGCCGGCCGGUCCGCAGUCCGGUCCGAGUGGUGGGGCCGUUUCGCAAGAAGAAGUGCAGCUACUCUACGUGCCCGUCGAGACACUGUACAACCAGAAGCAGUCGCAACCACCGCCCGAGAACAAUCGCUUCAAUGCGCUUCCGCAACCGGUUAGCCCAUCGUUGAUAAAUGAUUUCUACACUGCCGGUACGACUACCACGACGCCCAAGCCACCAAGAACGAGUGCCGCUACGUUUGCCCCGCGCUUCACCAGUGCUCCGGAAACGCCGGCUCCAGCGUUAUCCCGCUCAUCCACGUCCACCUUCGGUGGUACAUCAUCCAAACCGAAACCAAAUCAACCACCACUUGCGUUGUUCCUCUACAACGAUGGCCGGCAGAGCAAGCUUUCUACCGGUGACGCACUCGGCGGGCUAAAGAACAUCAACGAGAUCGCGGUGCUGGACGCCUUUGGUAAGAACACGCCGAAAGUCUUCAUCGGACCGUCCGGUUUGGCACCGUCCAAGAGCUACUCCCGAUUCGAUUUGCCAUACCUGUCCAGUGUAGAUCUUACGUCUAACCGUUCCAAUCGCAAGAUCGAAGAUCUUCCAUUCUUCGUGGCACCACUGAGUUACAAAACUCCCAGUGGAUUCUCUAAGAUUGCUCUUCCUCCGCCACACGUUGGCUCGAUAAUCGUGCGCCAGAGCAGCUCCAACAACGGUAAUUCCUUGGAGCAUAACACCUUCUACACGAGACCAACGGCGCCUAGCAAUGUGCAGUAUUACACGCCAUCGACCUUAAAUUUUGCCGACGAUGUCAGUCCAACAAAAGCGUCCGUCACGUUGGGUGCCACGGGAAAGCCGAUCUACGACGCAGAUCACUAUACCUCGCCAACGGGUAAACCCGUUUCAUCAUCAUCCUUGAAUGAUCGCGGAGUUGGGCAAUAUAGCUCGUUUAACGGCCCAAGCUCAAGUCGCCAUCCCAGCGUAAAUGAGGAAUACUUCAACCUUGCCAAGACAAAGAAGCCAACGACAACCGGUACUCCAGCUCCAACCACUCCUAACUACUCGUUCCGAUCUUACGGAAGUACGCGUCAGUUCGAUUUCAAGCCAAUGCCAGAUCAAAAAAUUCCACCAUCGUUCUAUCCGCAAGAAGAAGAAGAUUCUGCAACGACUCUAUUGGCAACAACGACAACGACAGAGCGUCCGACCACAGCUCAAUUGCAGUUUGAAGCGGAACGCAUGAGAACGCAUUUCCGUGAGGAGAACUUCCGAAGUCGCCGUCCGCAUCACCAUCAACCGACGACGCCGGCACCGCUGAGCGAAAGCAAGCCACAGGAACAACAACAGCAGCAGUUUGUGCACAAAUUCAAGCUAGUUGACUCAGUUCGACCAAACAAUGUCAAGUCUUCAGUAGUUGAUCACGGCUUCCUGGAUUUUUUCAACCAUCCUUCACAGCAUCAGACAGACGAGAUGAUCAAGACGACGAUCACCACAAGCCUUCCGGGCAGCGGUGGUGUCGAUCGACAGGUCGUUCGAAACAACUACUUCACGGCGGCAGCUGCCAUUAACGAGGACACUGGAGCAAACAGGCACAGUAAAUAUGUAAGCACGUACUACAACCCAUCGUCAACCGCUGCCGGAACUACGGCUGGAACGACGACUCCUUCGACAUUUACCACCCAGGACGCAUUCUUCCGCGAUUUCGAUCAUCGUAGUAAGUUUUACGAGCGUGAACCGAAAUAUGAAACGAGCUUCCCGACCACCGUAGGUACCACCGGAACAAGCUACAUCAACAAGUACAAGUACGAGACGGAUUCGUACAAUGAUGCGCCACGCUACUCAGUGGAAGUUAUCACUACCAGCGAACCGACUACGGUUACGGUUGAACCGACCCAAGGCACUACCGAUCAGCAACACUACAGCAUUCCCUCGGAGUUGCCACCGAUCAGCGCCAACCUGCCCGGACUCGUGAAUGCACUGAUGGACGAUCAGUGGUCUCCAAAGACUCCGGACUCUCCGGCGUCAACAGCUGGAAACACACGAGGACCUCAUUUCCGCAAGCAAUUGCACCGUACAACCACUGCUUCUUCGGCAGCUGACUCUUACGCUGCAGAACCCGCAACCACAACUACCAGAAGACCACUUCAGCGGCAACGUCGACCACAUCCUUCGCGUACUACACCUGCACCAGCUUUUAAUGCCGAAACGGGUGAGAACUCGGCUCCAAGCACACGGGCACCGAUCUCACGGUCACGCUCGCGUUACGUACCGAACAAUGAGGAACGCCCGGCAUCACGCGGACGUAACCGCAGUCGCACAACUACCCCACGUGGUCCACGAAAGGAGGAAGAGAACCUUGACUACCAGCGAGACGUGCUGAAACAAAACUACCCUGUCAUUCGUCCACAGGGACAAGGUGCCCCGGCACCAACUACGACACCUCCUUCGACAACGAUCGCUACGACGCCUUCGACCACUCUUAGUUACCAGGAAACGUACGAAGAUCCGUCGGAGCGCCUCAUCUCCACGACCCUGGCUAAUGAGGUCCCGCUAGACUCAGUAGACCCUCAGCAACAGGUGACACGGAAAUACGCCACGUAUUAUAGUGAUCCGACCUACGAACAGGAAACGACCGUAACGACGGUGCUGCCACCACAAACGUCGAGCUACUUCGUUCCUUCGUACAGUACGCGAUCUCAGACGGGCGAUCGCACGGAUGAGGAAGAAUACGUUCGACCUCAGGAAGUGAUUCCUCUGAAUCGUGAUCCGGAACCGAUUCAUUCGGUAAUUCCACUGCGAUCGCAAACCCCCACUUCGGAGGUUUCACCGCAAACUGCUCCACCAGCCAUCCAAUAUCAGCCAGUGACGGAAAGUGAGGAAAAACUCACCACCGCCUAUGGUCAACCGCUUGAGGAUGCGAUGGAAAUUAAAAAGGUGGAGAUCACACCACGACCCCGUCGACCCGGGCUUGUCUCACGUCAACGAGACUCACAACAGAGCUACGCAUCACGCACCACCACGGAACGCACAACGACUGUCCGCACCACAACCCCAGAACCGGCCACGUCUGGAGCGGGUUCACGUACGUCAUCCGGACGCAGACCUGCUUUCGUUCGACGACCGUCGAGACUUUACGCCACUACGACUGUCAGCCCUAUCACAACCGCAGGAUACAGUAACGAACAGCAACAGCAGUCCACGCAAGGAUCAUACACCGUGCGUACGAAGAAUCGUCAAGAUAUCCUGCGAGGACGCACACGCCGACCGACAACGACGACCGAACCAGCGGCAGCAGCAACGACCGCCUCUCCGGAGGCUCCGGUGACACGAGCUUUUGGAAGGGGCAGCAAUUUGCGUCGGAUUUCGCCAACGUUACGCUCCAGACAGGAGCAAACCAUCGCAGCUACCACACAGCAACCGAGCACGGCAGCAUCAUCCAGCAGCGGACCCCGAUUCCGCAUUCGGGAACGUACCCGGUUCAACCUGCAGCCACAGGAAUCGCAGUGGUCCACCAAGCUGAAUCAAAACUCCUUCCAGCCGGUGCUGAAAACCGAAUCGCGUGCCAACGAUCUUGAACAGGAAAAUGUUUCAACCGAACCAGAACCGGAAAUCGUCACUGCCUCCCGAGACAGUGAGAUGUACUUUGUGAAUGUGUCGUCUAAUUAUGGCCAGAAAGGUAGCAACAGCAACCAGGAAGCAAAUGCCGAGGAUAGCACAGAAAACAGUGUUCCCUCAUUUGCCGAUUUGCUGAACGAUGUUAUGAAGGAUUUCAUCGACGAUAACAGCCAGAAGAAACCGGAACGCGACAGUGACGAGAAGGAUCAGGUCAGUAGCGAGGAACAGCGACGGCCUGUUGCCAACUUCCGGAACAAUUUCCUACGCAAGCGCGGCCGCUCGAAGGUGGUUGAUUCGUUUGAAACGGCCGAAUCGCAACACAUUAAUCAGGCGGCACAGGUUUACAAUGGACCAUCGCACUUGGGCGAAUCCCUCAAGAGCAUCGACCAUGUCGGACUUUCGGGUAAAAAUGUACCGCAACAGAUAAACGCGAAAUAUGCCGACGGCCAACGGCAACAGUUUGACGAGCUGGAAAAUACGGCUCAAGAGCAGGCUACCGUAGCCCCCGAGGAGGAACCCAAAGAAACCGAAACGGAAGAAGCAUCGGUCGAGAUCGUAACAGGGUUCGCGGACGUUGGUACCGGUACCACAUCUGCUCCCCCGUCGACCACCACCACCACCAUUAAGCCAACGGAUGAAGUUCCCACACUGGCUAGUUUGGAGCAAACCUCCACGAACCUGCCACAGCAACAGGAUCGUGCCGAAGUGACUACCGAACCGCCAGCCACCGGUGAACCUGUCGUCUACGAUGACGAACCCGCCUUCCUUGUUUCGGAUGAUGAGGAAACAAAAAAAAAGGUUUCGGACGGAAUAUUCGCUGAUGUGAAGAAAACUAUUUCCGAUCUGUACAAAAUGGCCGAACAUGAUUCCGAAACAGAAGAAAUGGUUGAUGGUGGUGAGCCGGAUGAGGUUGAGGAUGAAGAUUUCCAACCAACGGAAGAUCCGCUUUCGCUUGGAGGUGGCAAUGAGGAGCAGUUUGCCUCGACGACCGAUAUUAGUCCGAGCGAAACGCAAUUCGUUCAGGUUACCGCGGAACCACCGACGUUCGUCAAUCCGAUGGGAUCACUUGUUAUACCGACGUCCGUUUCAAACGGUAUCACACACGAAACGGAAAUCUGUUACCGGGGCCGUUGUAUAAAGACGGAAGACGACAAAAGGAAGCGAAAGUUCAAAUUAAACUAAAGGAUUAAUCACGGACGCGUGCCUUUCGCGGGACAGUUCGAAAAACAGUGUGUGUUUAUGCGUGUGUCGAUAGUCUGUACUAAGUGUAGAGUCUUAUUUAUUUUAGUACAUAGCUGAAUAAAGAAUGAUCGAAUCGAAUCCUCCGACAAUCGAUGAUGCGAUGUCGGAAUCUGUUUCUAA